CCUGCGACAGCGGCGGCGCGGCGGGCGGAGCCGGGAGGCGGGGAAGCAGUGGCCGUGUGAGCGUGAGGAGCUGCCGCCAGCGCCUGCUCCUCAUCGUCCUCGUCCUCUGGGGCCCCGGCGUCGUGGGCCGCGCACGGCCCUGGAAGCGACGUCGCCUCCCCUUCAUCUGCCUCUCACCGCGCCGCUCCUGCCUCCUCGUUCUGCGCUGCGGGCUCAGGCGGAACCGGAACGACCGUCCUCUUCCCCCGCCCUCCGCCGCCGCCUCCACCUCGUCUUCCUCGUCCUCCUCGUCCUCGGCUUCCUCCUCAGCCCCGGGCGAAGCGGGGUGUCGGCGGCGGCCGGUUCGGGCGGCGACUCGCGCUUCUUUGGGCGGCGGCGCUUGGCCAUGUCGUGUCGGGGAAGGUAAUGAGCCGCAGAGCCCCGGGGUCUCGGCUGAGCAGCGGCGGCGGCGGCGGCACCAAGUAUCCGCGGAGCUGGAAUGACUGGCAACCCAGAACUGAUAGUGCAUCAGCCGACCCAGAUAAUUUAAAAUAUUCUUCAUCCAGAGAUAGAGGUAGUUCUUCCUCUUAUGGACUGCAACCUUCAAAUUCAGCUGUUGUGUCUCGGCCAAGGCACGAUGAUACCAGAGUCCACGCUGACAUACAGAAUGACGAAAAGGGUGGCUACAGUGUCAAUGGAGGAUCGGGGGAAAAUACUUACGGUCGGAAGUCGUUGGGGCAAGAGCUGAGGGUUAACAAUGUGACCAGCCCUGAGUUCACCAGUGUUCAGCAUGGCAGUCGUGCUUUAGCCACCAAAGACGUGAGGAAAUCACAGGAGAGAUCGAUGUCUUAUUCUGAUGAGUCUCGACUGUCGAAUCUUCUUCGGAGGAUCACCCGGGAAGACGACAGAGACCGAAGACUGGCUACUGUAAAGCAGUUGAAAGAAUUUAUUCAGCAACCAGAAAAUAAGCUGUAGCAAAUUGCUUCAGGAGCUGAGACAGGAGGGAGCUUGCUCUCUUGGCCUUCUUUGUGCUUCUCUGAGCUAUGAGGCCGAGAAGAUCUUC